CAAAAAAAUGAGGACACUGACUGUAUCGUUUUUGUGCCUCUGCCUUGCUGGCCUGGCCUCUUCGUAUCCUAAUGAAUAUUCCGGGGCACAAAAAGAAUGCGCCGCUAAGGGAGGACUCAAACCAAAGUGCUUUAUGCACUGCGUCUUCGAAAAAUUGGGAGUUACUCGCAAUGGCAAGCUCGUCACUAGCGGCUACACCAAUCUAGUCAAAGAUCUGUCAGCCCGAGACCAGAAAAUUAUAAAGGAUAUAGAGACCAAGUGCAUGAACAUCUCAGAUGACAACAAGUGCGAAAUGGCCUUCAAGUUAUCCCAAUGCCUAAAGUCAUGAGAGUUUUGUUCCCGAAAAUAUU